CUAACGUAAUCGACUAUAUCAACACAGUUUUAUCGAUGAAACAUUAUCUGCGUACUAUGAUUCGAGCUCUCCUGAUGGAACAAGUUCAUCAAUGACAUCGAAGAACAUUGUUUCAGAAAGGAAUAGGAGAAAAAAGCUCAAUGAAAGGCUAUAUGCAUUGAGAGCAGUGGUCCCCAAUAUUACAAAGAUGGAUAAAGCAUCAAUAAUCAAAGAUGCUAUUCAGUAUAUCGAAAAGUUGGAGGAAGAAAAGAAGAGAAUUCAAUUAGAAAUAUCGGAGCUGGAAUCUGGUGCAUCAAGAAAUAGUAUAAUUUUUGAUUUUGAUCAAGAGGCUACUACUUAUUGUUCAAAUCCAAAGAGAACAAGAUUGGAUCAUGGCAAUGAUUCUAAUACAUCAAGAUCAUAUCCCAUUGAAGUUCUUGAGUUGAGGGUAUCCCACAUGGGGGAGAAGACAGCAGUGAUUAGCCUCACUUGCAGUAAAAGAACAUACACAAUUGUAAAGCUAUGUGAGAUUUUUGAAUCUUUGAAGCUCAAAAUCAUUACUGCCAACAUCACUGCUUUCUCUCAGAGCCUUUUGAAGACUGUAUUUGUUGAGGUAGAUGAAGAGGAGAAAGAACUUUUGAGACUGAAGAUUGAAGGUGCCAUUGCAGCUCUAAAUGAUCCAGACAGCCCCAUGAGCUUCUAAAAAUUGUAUUUUCUCAAAUUGGAUUGAAAAUAAUAAAAUUAUCUUCUUCCCAUUCUCUCUCUCUCUCUCUCUCUCUCUCUCUCUCUCUCUCUCUCUCUCUCUCUCUCUCUCUCUCUUGUGCGUGUGUGUUGAGGGGUGGGAGUUGGGGGUUUCAUCUUUUCUAUUCUUAUGUUAUCAAUUUCCUCCGUUUUCCACAUCGAUGGUCUGUAAAAUGUAGUUUAGCUUGACAAUUCUCAAAUAAAUGAAAAUCCCUUUACUUUAAUGUUU